UGCAAUCUGCAUGACCUGCCGUCGCUUUUGAUUACGCCCGUGCAACGCAUCCCGCGCUACACUCUACUCUUACAGGAUCUCCAGCGCCACACGCCCUCCGGAUCACGUCCCGGUCUGUUGGAGAUGGCCUUGAAGAAGGUGAAGGACAUCGCCAACUACAUCAACGAACAGAAACGAGCCAACGAGAAUGAGCUGAAGAUGGCCGAGCUGGACUCACGGCUGGUGUUCGACCCGAAACCCAAAAUCGGCCUGUGCGAAGUCCCCGCCCGCAAGUUCAUCAAAGAAGGCAAGGUGCUCAUUCAACUCGGGCGCAAGCACUUCAAAGAGUGCCACGUGUUCCUGUUCACGGACCUGUUGCUCAUCACCAAGAACGAGGACCUCGACGACAAUGACGAAGAGGCCGCCAAGGAGAAGGAGGCCGAGCCCAAGCGCAACGACGUCGCUGAUGAGCAUCAUCCAUCGGGCAAGUUGCCCCGGUACCUGGUCAAGGCCGCCGAGCCCCUCAACGAGAACCCGAUCGAGAUCAGCCCCCUGCCGCCGUUCUUCCUCGACAAGGCCACACGCUUCCCGCUCCGCCUCUACUUUUCGUCGCAGCGGAAGGAGGUGUUGAGUGUUGUUGUGCUCACGUACUCUUUCUCACUCUCGACUUGUGCGUAG